ACAAUCAUUCAUCGAACGCUGAAAACCUCGAAACUGUUUCUGUUGCUGUGACACCGCUCACAAUGCACACGCCGGCUUCGAUAGUGACUGGCAUUGUCUUCGCUCCCUUGGGACUGGUGCUGGUGUUCACGGCAGCCAUCACGCCUCAAUGGCGGGAAGGCCAGGUUCGUUUGGGAAGGAUUGGGUCAGGUGAUGGCGGAGGCAUCGAGCUUCUGCUCCUCCGCUCAGACGGACUAUGGGAGAGCUGCUUGCAGGUCGUGCACUCCGAAUUGCGGGAGUGCUGGCCUGUAUCUGGACCGUACCAACAUGACUCACGUGUCCGCGCCACUCGGGGACUUGUGCUCUCAUCUCUGUUCCUGUGUGGCUCGGGGAUUGUGCUGGCCAGUGUCGGUGCCCGCUGUUGGACGGACACGCCACUUAGAAACGUAGCUGGAGCUGGAGGAAUGCUGGUCGCACUUGCUGGUGUGCUCAGUCUCGCAGCGUUGAGCAUCUACACCCAUCACUUGCCCAAACUUGGGGUGGAACUUGUAUCAAACAUGUCUGACUUUCAAGGGCUGGACUUGCACAAGUUGCCCAGUCUGACCCUGCGCCCGGCUGGUUCUCUGUAUUUCGGCUGGGUUGGUGCAUGGGUGCAGGUGCUUGGCGGACUGGCAUUGCUGUUUGGGGUUGGGCGACCGCAAUGCCCAGUUCGCACCAGACAGGUACGGAGGGAGAUUGUGAUGAAGUCCUACGAUGUCAGCUGCUAGAAAACGAUUGUUGCCAAUCAGGACUCUACUCAUGAAUGUAAAGAAGGAUAACACCAACUGUUAAACUCUGUUUUGGCAGCACUACCUGUAGUGCUAUUCAGUAGUGUUGCUGCCUCACGCUCGUGUUUGUGUGGAGUUCUGAACGUUCCGUCCGAGGUUAUGUAACUUUCUCCGACUUUCUCCUACAUCCCAAAAACACAAAGGUAGGAGGAUUGGCUAUGGGAAAAUGCCCCUAGUGUCAAUCAGAAUGUCAAUGUGUUUAUGAUGAACUGGCAGGAUAGAUUCUCUUACCCUGCACUCAGUUUUACGACAGUCACACUAACCCAGGAGUAGGCAAGUUUGGCGCUAGAGAGCCACAGUCCUGCAGAGUCCUUCAGCUCCAACUGCAGUCUUAGUAAUUCUGAAGACCUUGAUUAGCUUGUUCAGAUGUGUUUGAUUAGGGUUGGAGCUGAACUCUGCACUAUUGCGGCUCUCUAGGACUGAACUUGCCUACACCUGACCUAACCGGAUAACAUGCAUAUUAAUGUGGAGACAUCAAGACAACCGAAUGAGGGUUGCUAUGUGGGAUCUCACUGCAGUUUAGAGUCAGGAGUCCAUGGUACGUGUUUUGCUUGUGCUGGGUAUGUAGGCAGGGAACAAAUGCAACUCGUUACAUAGAGACACUUUUGGAUUCCUGUUGCCUCAAAACUUAUUUAUCAGGGUUGGUGCACAUUAAGAUGUAUAAUAUUCAUUGUAAAAGUUUAAAAUAGUUCCAGAGAGCAAAAAGAAAAGUCAGAGAAGCUGUUCCUAGAACAAGGCAUACUCCACAACAGACAUGAUGUACUAGAUCUGUUUAAUGAUACUGAGUUUAUUAAAAGGAUCCCAUUUGUGUGCGGCAUUCUAUUGAUCACAAAUUAAAUUAGGGAUAAAAUAACACCGGCAACACAACAAGAUGCACGGAAAUAAAGGUCGCCUUCUUGACAACGGGACAACAAUGGAAUACGGAUGCAAUGUAACCAGAUAUGAAUGUAAAAAAGGUAAAAGCAUUAUGCUUUGAAAUUUAUGCACACAACACCUACACCAGUAGGACCUUAAAAUUCCUCUAUUAAAGUAUCUUUAAAAUCUAGUUUGGACGUAUUCUGGCCAGUUUGGCACCAGUUUCACCUUUUCUGUAUAGCACUUAUUCUUUACAGGGUCACAGGAAGCGAGGAACCUGUCCUAGGGGACAUGGGGCACUAGGCGGGGUACAUA